CCCUAAUGCGUAUGUAUAUAAGCUUCUUCCGAUAUCGUCCGUAUUGUAUUACCAAUUAUCUAUCGCCAUCUUCAAUUCUGAGAAUCUAGUAAUGAAACCCGCUCCACAUGAAACCCUAACUUAUACAUGUAUACUAGCUACUUCUUCUACGUUUUCCUUUCAAAUAGUCAAAAGCCAAACCCAUAAAAUCAUGGCAUCCAAUUCCACCCAGUCGUCUCAGUCACCGCUAUCGCCUCCAAUUCACAUCGACUAACAUUCUCGCUCCAUGGACGCGCGUCGUGCCUCUCGAACCGUCAGCGACCCCAAGGUCCGCCGCGUAGGAUUCUUCACUCCCGACGCUCAGGUCCAACCCCUGUCCGGCCGAACACAGUCCGGUCCAACCGCCGCGGAAUCCUCUUCCUCAGUGUCUCCAACCAGCAAUUCCUUAUCUCCGGUUAUGAUUCCUCCGCCACGUCAACUCUCUGACCUAACGUCCCGUACAGCUGCUGUACCGGUUCCGGAUUCAGCGUUCCGUCGUCCGGUCGCCGGGGACCAUGUACCGGUUGGAAGCUACAACCCAGCGUCAGACUCGCUGCUUGGGACUUCUCCUGCGGCCUCGCCUAAGAGUUUGUCUGCGGACGGAGAGUUGGAGUUCUCGGAGGAGUCUUCACCGGGUUUGUACCGCCGGAACUCUUCUGGUAAGCUCGCUUCGAGCUUCCCGGGCGGCGGUUUUGAAUCGACGAAAGCGACUGUUCCAGAUAAUUUAGUCUCUAAGGCGAGGAAUUUGGCUGUUGGUUCAGAAGUGAAGAAAUCUCUUGACGUGCCUGAAAAGAGUGGGGUGAUUGUCACUGAAGUGCAAAAUGAGCUUCAGUCCACUUCAAAACCCUUGAAAUCCAAAACAACUAAAGCGGAAAGACGUGCAUUACAGGAGGCUCAACGCGCUGCAAAAGAUGGAAGCAAAUCUGCUGCAGUAUCUGGUAGAGUUGCUUCCAAUAAAUCUGUGAAGCAGCCUACACCGAGGAAAGAGUCUUCUUCUAUUGCACCUUCAGUGGCUGCUUCUGAUAAAAAAGGAGGUGAUUAUCUAUCAGAUAAAGAGAGAAAGAAAGAUGCACCUCCACCACGCAUGCAAUUUGAUGAUAAGCAUCGAGUGGAGAAGGCAAAAAAGCGUGCAUUGUUCUAUCAAACUGAAGCUAAAAACAGAGUUGAAUUGUUUCUACAUUUACCCCAGUAUGAACAUGGGACCCAACUUCCUGAUCUUCAAUCAAGGUUUUUCCAACUUGAGCCAAUACAUCCUGCAAUUUAUAAGGUUGGAUUACAGUAUUUGGCUGGAGAUCUUUCUGGGGGGAAUGCUCGCUGUAUUGCCAUGCUUCAAUCAUUGCAGGAAGCAUUUAGAGACUACUCCACUCCACCAGAGAAAAGUCUUUACAGGGACUUAACUGCCAAACUCAAUAGCUAUAUUUCCUUUUUUACUGAAUGCAGGCCACUUUCUAUCAGCAUGGGAAAUGCAAUUAGAUAUUUGAAGAGUCAUAUUGCCAAUUUAGGACAUUCACUUUCUGAGUCAGAAGCAAAAGCUGCAAUUUGUGCAGAUAUUGACACAUUUAUAAAUGAGAAGAUACUAAUUGCUGGCAAAGUCAUAGUAAGGCAUGCUGCUACGAAGGUUAGAGAUGGGGAUGUUCUUCUCACGUAUGGAUCAUCUUGUGUGGUUGAGAUGACUCUGUUGUAUGCCCAUGAGCUUGGGAAGCAGUUCCGAGUUGUGGUAGUAGACUCACGCCCAAAGUUUGAAGGUCAAGCAUUAGUUCGGAGGCUGGUGUCUAAGGGAUUGAGUUGUACAUACACUCAUAUAAAUGCUGUUUCUUAUGUUAUGCAUGAUGUGACAAAAGUAAUUUUGGGGGCUGCUUCUGUAUUGUCAAAUGGAACUGUAUAUUCUAGAGUUGGCACUGCAUCUGUAGCUAUGGUUGCUCAUGCAUUCCGAGUUCCAGUCUUGAUCUGUUGUGAAGCUUAUAAAUUUCAUGAAAGGGUACAACUUGAUUCAAUUUGCUCCAAUGAACUAGGUGACUCUGAUGCUAUAGCAGUGGUUCCUGGUAGAAAGGAUGUGAAUUAUUUGGAACAUUUGGCAAAUAAAGAAAAUCUCCAACUUCUAAACUUAUUGUAUGAUGCUACUCCAUCAGAAUAUAUCUCGUUGAUUGUAACAGAUGAUGGCAUGAUUCCUCCCACAAGUGUACCUGUUAUAGUGCACAAGCUCAAGUAUUGGAGACCAGAACUAUGGUUGUAGAGAACAGGGUAGACAAGAUUUUUACAUGAUUAAGAUACAAGUAAUUCGUCAUCCAGGUUUUACUGUCAUGCAAGAGAUAACCAUGUAACUUCAGAAAUUGUUACUACAAUGCCUGAGACCUCCUCUAAUGAUUCUUUGCCCUAGAACAUGGCUGGUAUUAUCCAAAUGUCAAAUAGCUGGGUUACUUUUCUUUUUCUUCAUUUGCAAGUUUUGAACAAGAAUUUCUGGUAUAGGAUGGAAAAGAUCAUUUCUGGAAUACAUAUUAAUCAGUUUAGGAUGAAUAAAGUAUGUCUUUUAUGCUUGCUACAUAAACCCUUGGAAGCAAGCAAUACUGUAUCAAUCAUCAACUUUGUAUGUUAUAUAGUGAUUUUUUUUUUAUGCCCUUGUUUCCAAGGGUUUAUUUGUGUAAA